UCGUUUUCUCUUUCUCGUCUGUAUCUUCUCAGCCUUUGAUGACCUCUUUACCGCGUAGUGCAAUAUAAUACAUAUUGUGAGUUAUUUUCCUUUUUGCCUCAUUAUCCAGUCGUGCAAGAACGCCGGGCAAAUGAUUAUGAACAAGAAUCGCUACUCGGAGUUACGCUUUACGGAGCGGGAGACGACUAAAUCUAUCUAUACCCAAAUUUAUGAUGCCCUUUUCAUAUUCUACUUCAUAGACGUUGUAUUAUUGGACGAUACUGACUCGACAGCGUUGGUAGCAUACUUUUGACUUGACUUGACGUCCCCGCCAAUUUAACACCAUCCACGAUGCCUCCUCAGCCGUCGCACCAUGGGACCGCUCGAUAUGGCUCGCUUGCGACGCAUUCGGGUGGAUUACGAGGUGGAAAGCAGCCCACAAAGCUAGAGAUAGAAUCACUUGCCUCCAUGGACAAGCCCUCUUACUAUGAUCCUCCUAGCUCUCCUUCAUCUUCCCGUUCCGCUUCCCCUCCGCCUCCGAGCAUGAUGUCUAACUCUGGUAAUAAACUUGUUUCAGGCGCCCAGUUCAUGCGACGAGGUAAAAUAUACCCGUGGGGCCCCUCAUUCGAGGUCGCAAAGACUAAUCAACACGCCCGCAAGCGCCUUAAGCUUUGUUUAGAGCAGUUCAUGCCCCCCGCUGCCGCUGAAGUUAAUGCCGAUAUCCCCGCAAAUAUAUCUGGUGCAGAGGAGAGACGUCGCGAGAAGAAGAGGAAGAGGGAAGAGGAAAAAGAGUACAUUUUACCCCAUCUUCGGAGUCCCUCACCCCCUAUGUCGACCGCCAAACUCGCCAGUCUUCUCGCCCUUCCACAGACCUACACUGACUUGUUGUUGAAUCCCGCUAUGAGACACUCGUUGGGCAACGACAACAUGGAACAAGGACUGCAACGGACAGCAGGAGAGUUGUUAGAAGGAGAAAAGCCCCUAUUACAGGCCCUUGGGAGAUUAAGGGACGUUGUGAGGGUACUGGAACGUGACGUUCCAGUGGCCAAACCCAGAGCCCAGGCUGACAGGGACGCUGUGCCUUCAUCAACAGCCAACGGAAAUGACAAUCUUAGUCAGUCCUACCCUCACCUUAUUCCUCCUCUUCCUCAUAUCUCCGACACCGAUAACCUUUGGCGGGUAACCCAAGAGCUCCUCUCUCAGCCGGGCCAGGCGCAGUCUGUACCUGUUCCUACUCUGACGUAUAGCGCUACUCCUCCCGGAGCUGCUGCACCUUCUCUUGAUUCCAUCGCGGAGCCGGAACCCAUCCCCACUCCUCUCCAACGCCUGUUCACUUGCCCAUCAGGCAUUACACUUCACGCGGUCCCGAGUGCUUCCCAUCCUGGCUACGCCUAUCCUCAAGGCCACUCGCUUCAUCCUCAAACUGUCAAGUACAAUCUUGACCUCAAGAAUCAAUGCCGUGCUGUGGACGAUGCGUGGGAGAGGAUUUCGGAGCUGCUGGCGGACUGCAAUGAGUACCGAGAACGCUUGGAAGAGGCGAGAGAUCGAGUGGCUGAUGUAGCGAGGGUCAGAAAGAGGGUUUGGAGAACGAUCAAGGAGCGAGCUGGAUGGGAGUUGGAAAGGGAAUCAAAACCGUAGUUGUAUAAACAAAUAUCUUGACGACAAUCGCCAACUGUAUCAAGCAGAGAAUGUGAAUUGUAC